AUGAUCGCCUUCAGUCCUACAACGGCGCGGCCGGUAUCUGUUACGCCUGUUCCGUACAGUGCCAUGGUGAACAUAAGUGUCGUGCACUCCGAGGAACCCGACAGAGGCAACAAGUACAAUCAGAACUUUCGCAAUCGCUUUUGUGGGUGUGCGUUGGAUUAUGACCCGUUCCAGCAAAGGGGUACUAUGUUCCAGUGCCUGGGACUUGGCACGCAUGAUACUGGCGGCUGCGGUGAAGAUUGGUGGCAUCCUGGUUGCAUCGUUGGUCUAGGGCUGAAGGAAUCAGAAACGUACCAGGAGCGUGGGCCUGAGGUUUCUAAGGUUACGCACAAAGACGAAGAAGCACCUGCACGUGGAGUAACUGAUUGUCUGCCAACCAUCUCAGAGACUGUCGAGUACGACGAACAUGUAACUGAAGCGGUUCACAGUUCUGGAGGCGCUAGAGCUGUUGAGGGUGAUGGAUGUGGCGAUCGCGAAGAAGAGGGCGAAGACGAUCCACCCAUGCCGCCUGGGUUUCCGAACGAGGAUGCUUUCGAAGGUUUUAUCUGCUACAAAUGCGUCGACGCAUAUCCUUGGAUCAGACAGUACGCUGGAUCGCCCGGCUUCUUACCAGCUGUACUAUACCGAACCGAGCAAGACGUCUCGCCAGCACAAGCUCCAGGCCCAUCUACGGAGGGCCUGGUGAAGCGUAAAGCCGACGACGAUACUGAGACAGGUGCCAAGAGGUUUCGGACUGACGAUAAAGCGGUCGCCGAUGAAGACGCGUCGACCAACAUUGAAAAAGACGAGACUGUAUCAACUAUGGAGCCAACUGUUCUGGCACCUGUUGUCCCAACUUGCAAGAAAGCAACCCUUCCACCUCCACCCAGUGGUCGAUUCUCGUUGUUUUUCACAGAAGAUUUUCGCGAUCAUUUAUGUCGUUGCGCCAACUGCUUUCCUCUGUUAACUGCCCAUCCCCAGCUGCUUGAGCAGGAGGAAACGUAUGAGCCGCCAGUUUCUGACGACGGUGGUAGCAACGCGGAGGGUGUCGGCCCUGGAAGUGGGUCGCACGGAAGCGGUAGUCUCUACGAGCGCGGCGAAAGCGCGCUACGCAACGUUGACCGGGUGCGGGCAAUUGAGGGUGUGAUGGCAUAUAAUCAUCUCAAGGACAAGCUGAAGCCUUUCUUUCAACAAUUUGCUGAGAGCGGACAGGCAAUCUCAGCGGAAGAUAUCAAGUCCUACUUUGCAAAGCUGCGAGGUGACGAGCAGGCAAUCCAGGAAGCUGGUGAAGGCGCUAGAUCCGAUGACAAUUGGAGAGAACAGAGUGGAUAUUAG